UCUCAGACGUAACUGUGUGGUAAAAAUUAUGAUUGAAUAAAAAAAAGAGAAGAAAUACUGGUGAUGAUGCUGAUGAUAAUGACGAAGACGACGACGACGAUGACGAGGUGGAUGAGGAGGAGACUGAUGAUUAAGAGUAAAGCAAAUAUGGUAGCUGCUGCUUCUGUUCGGCACUGCUGCUGCUAGAAUCUCAAUUAUCUCAGCUAAAAGCUCGUUUCUCCUCUGUAUUAUGGCGACAAGUAGCAGCAGUCGAUGACAGUAGAGCACUACCAGUAGUCAACAUUGUUCUCACAGGGCCCCAUCAUCAGUUUGAUGCUUUCUAAAUCCACUUACAUGACAUAUGCUACCUGCUUCACUAUCUCGGAUUAGUCGUAUUACUUUGACACUUCAGCAAAACCGGGAAUUCAUAGAGACACAUCCAGUGUUCACUGGUGUGUUAUUUCCCUGACCUUUUAUUUCACGAUGUCUAUUGUUCAGCCGCCAAGUUCAUUUCACAAAGUUAUGUAAACAACAGUAUUAUUUCUCUAUAUGAAUCUAUGACCAAGCCGAUCUGUUGUAUCAUUUCAUUUUCCGUGCAUAAUACAACAGCUGGCCAAACGUCUCCUCCACUGUACAUAGUUACUCCUUGCUCCAUCAACAUCAUGAUGGAAACAUAACACUAUGAUGAUUAAAGUCUAGGCUCAGAAGCCAUUUCAGUCAACUAGAGUUUUGUGAAGGAAACUUGCAAUUUUGGCCUGAAGCAAAACGCACAAGGCUCGAAAUUUUUGGAGAGGGGGCCAGUCGACUAGAUCAACCCCAGUAUGCAACUGGUACUUAAUUUAUCGACCCCGAAAAGAUGAAAGGCAAAGUCGACCUCGGCGGAAUUUGAACUCAGAACGUAAAAACAGACGAAAUACCACUGAGCAUUUCGCCUGGCGUGCUAACGUUUCUGCCAGUUCGCUGCCGUAACUGAAACAAAAAUAUUGAGAUACACAUCUUUACAUCUCUUUCAUGCUACUCGUGAAAACCCUGCUCUUGCACAAAGUGCUCCAUCAAUCCAUGUAAAAGAAUUGUGUUCUUGAUUCUGUAUUACCUCCGUUUUGUUGACUUAAGGAUUUUCAACGUUUGCCUCUCCUUGCUACAGAAUUCUGACAUGGUUGCGGAAUGGAGUUGUUCAAGCUAUUUUUAUUUGCUGUUCUCUCUGCAUUCAGUGAAGCUUUCCAAAAGCCUCCUACCGUCCUGAUUCACAAGGCCAAUAAUUUAGAAAACUCAUGGAAAAAUUCACAAGUAAACUUAAGUCAAAACCAUUGGGCACCCAACAUAAAAUAUCAUGCAAGACUCGGUGAUCAGGCAAAUGGAGCUGCUGCUGCCAACCAGGCUGCAGAAGUUUCAUUAGAUGUCCUAAAAGAUACAUUGAAAUCUAGUCAUAGAGUUGCAAAUGCUGAUGAAAAUGUUAAAAAUAAUGGUAUUAACCAUAAAGCAUUCAACAAUAAGAUUCCUAGCCUUGAAAUCAACAUUCCAGUGAAUCGAGAACAACAGCCUUCACACAAUGAUUUUGCAGACAAGGAACACUUAAACCAAGAAGAAUCCCAUGGAAAAAGUCGUAUUGUUUGGGAUUGGCAUGAUUUUUCAAUCAAUAUGGAAGAUUAUGUUGUUCCAGAACAAAAAGUACGUCGAUCACCUAUUAGUACAUCGGGUGAACCUUGGCCAUUACCACAAUAUUACAUCAAGAAACCUAAGGUUCUCCAAUUUUCUCCAAAUUUUAAAUUUGUUUAUUUAAAGCAUAGCUGUGAUAUCAUAGACCAUGCCAUCACACGUUACCGAAAGUACAUUCUUCAAGAUUCAUUACCAGAUCUAUUUUAUAAUAAUCUGAAGAAUGCACAUGGGUUUCAUUUCGAAGAAUCAAUUAAUAAAUAUGAAAGCAAAAUAUACAAGAAUGCUCCUGUCAUAACAACCUUUCAGAUUGACAUUCACACUCCUUGUGAAGGCUUAUAUCCUUCAGAUAAAACAGAGGAGUCUUAUGAUUUGGUUAUUAAAGAAUCUGGUUGCUAUCUGUCUGCCAAGCAAGUAUGGGGAGCCCUGCGUGGCCUGGAGACACUUAGCCAAUUAAUUGUAAAAAGUCCAGAUGGUGAUUUGUAUAUUAAAGAUGUUGUUAUUGGUGACUAUCCUCGCUUUACGCAUCGAGGGGUCAUGAUUGACACUUCCCGGCAUUACCUGUACAAGGAUAUUAUUUUUGAUGUGCUGGAAGGAAUGGCACAGAACAAGAUGAAUGUCCUUCACUGGCACAUGGUUGAUGAUCAGUCAUUCCCUUAUGAAAGCAAAGUUUUCCCAGAACUUAGUGAGAAAGGUGCUUACCACCCAUCUAUGGUCUACAACCAUAAAGUAAUUAGUGAAAUCAUUCAAUUUGCUCGUUUACGAGGCAUACGCAUUGUUCCAGAAUUUGAUAAUCCAGGGCAUACAUAUUCUUGGGGUCUUGGCCGACCUGACUUACUAACUCAAUGCUAUGAGAGAAGUCGGCCAGUGAAUGGCUAUCUGGGACCAAUCAACCCUACUAAAAACAUGAGUUAUACAUUCCUGAAAAAGUUACUUAAUGAAGUUUUACAUGUUUUCAAAGACAAAUACAUUCACCUCGGUGGAGAUGAAGUGCCAUUGACUUGUUGGCAAUCAAACCCUGAAGUAGUUCGCUUUGCUGCUCAUCUAACUGGCUCUAAUAUAGCAGAAGACACAGAUGUCCAUAAAGUUUUGGAAUACUAUGAAAGAAGAGUUAUUAAUGACCUAGCAAAAAUUGGUAAAAGAAGACCAGAAGGAGUUCGCGUAGUUCUCUGGCAAGAGGUUCUUAAUAAUAACUUCCAGCUUCCAAACGAUACAAUCAUUCAGAUUUGGCAAGGUGAUAUGUUUGAUGUUGAGCGAGCAGCAAAACGAGGUCAUCAAAUUGUAUAUUCUACUUGUUGGUAUUUGGAUCUCAUUGAAUAUGGCAUAAAAUGGCCAAAAUAUUACACAUGUGACCCUGCUGAUACUAGUGGCGGUUAUGACUUUGAAGAGUCCGAUGUCCUUGGUGGUGAAGCCUGUCUCUGGUCUGAAUAUAUUGACAAUGAAGAAAUUAUGACACGUUUAUGGCCUGCUGCUUCUGCAACAGCUGAACGUUUAUGGAGUAGUAAAGAUGUAAAAGAUAUUGACAAAGCUGGUCAGCGACUUUAUGAGCACAGAUGCCGUAUGCUAAGUCGUGGUCUACGUGUUGGUCAGAUUAAUGGGCCUGACUACUGUCCUCGUCAUGGGCGCAUGCGAGAAUAUGAUCGGCCAAUUGUACAGGAACAUGACUGUGAAGGCUGUUCAAAACCGGUUGAUGCUGAUGGUUUGACAUUUGUGGCAGUGUUUAUUGUUGCUGCUUUGCUCGGAGGAGUUCUAGUACAAUAUUCUCACAAUGGUGGCUUGGUUGGCAAUUUAAAGGCUUGUCGCAGUCGGACUAUCAUGUUCACCUUUAUGUUGUUGUUACUACUCUAUGUCAUGUGUUACACAACUAUCUGGGUACACAUUAUGGAUCUAAAACGCAUUUAUCCUUGGCGUCAGAAAAUCAUGUAAAUUCACCUCCCUCCCAACUAUCCCUUCAAUGCAGAAACAUCUACCAUGAUAAUUCCAAACUUUACUAUUUCCGGUUUUACAUGGAAUAAUUUUUUGGAAUGUGUUAUAAACAUUCAUUUUUUUUUCUUUUCUUAGGCCUCAUUGAUGAAGUUUUUCAUCUGUGGAUUGUAUUUUCCCGUUACAGGGAAAAACGGAUAUAAUUCAAUGUCUUCAUUUAUUUAGGCUUUGAUGAGAUAUUUGAGGAGGACAUAAAAGAAAAAAUAAAGAAAAGAAAAGAACUUUCAUGGAAAAAAAAUUAUUAAAACAAUGUUUCCUUAUAUGGAAACAUACUAGAAAUGAAAGUAAAGAAAUAAUUUAUUCUUUCAUUUUUUUUUUUAACUUGAGAACUCUAGAAAAAAAUUAUUGAAGGUUAUAUACAUUUUUUUAAAAUUAACAACCCCACAUUGUAAAGCUUGAAUGUUUGAUGCAUGGAGAUAAUCUUCAGUUCAGUUAUUCAUAAAUAUCUAGAAUAAGAGAAAAAUCUGUCACUGUCUAUUUCCAUACUACAACGUACAAUUCUUCGAUACUGUUUUUUUCAUUUUGUUUUUAUUCUUAUAAGUUACCAGAUUUUGUCUUGUUAUAAACAUAAAAGCUAAUAAAUGCAAGAUAUUUUUUUAAUUCUUAAAUCAACAAUUAAUUUUAAAGUCAUUAUUGCCUUUUCAAUAUUGUUUAGAUUCUGUCAUCAUAGAAAAGACAAAAGUUCAUUUCAAAGGUAUCUCUUUCCACUGAUUACCUUUUAAAUACUUAAAUACUUCUUUCAAAAAUCUGUUGAAAAUUGAUAACUUUUGUGAUAUUGUCCCAUUUAUCUUGGACUUCAUAAAAGUUUAGUUUUGUAAACUACAUGACUUACAUUGACAACUUGCCAAUGCUGUUGCCACCUGUGCAAUAGAUGCUUGCAGUUUCACUUUCAAGUUAGUAGCUUGCUUCCCCUGUCUUCAAAGAACACUUAGUUGACUUUUAUUUUGUAUUAGGUAAAAAAAAAAUGUCUACUGUGUAGUUUAAACACUGUCAAUAGUUCAUUGUAA